CAUACCUCGUAUUAUUCCAGGCCCAGACAAGAAGCCAGCCAGACCACGCAAGCGCUUGCUUCCUCGCUUCUCGCCCGCCUCCCAGUCCACGCAGUUCCUCGACCGAUGGCUAUGGCACAGCUCGCUUCAUCCACGGCAAGCGGCGGCGCCAGCUCCGGCCCUGCCUCCAAGCCCAAGACGGAGAUCCAGACGCUACUGGGCCAGUUCGACGCGCAGAUCAACACGAUGAUGGACUACCCGGCCAAGGACACGAUCAACGCGCUGACGAUGCUGGCAGAGCGCACGCAGUUCGCGCCUGAGAUUGUUAGCUUCCUCGAGACCAAGAUUCACCGGGUAAUGAGCCUCCCACAUGUGUCAAAAGAGAAGACUCUGCUUCCUCUGUCCUCCCUCUCCUUCUCUCUCUUCGUGUAUUAUCUAUUGGAGGUCUCUUGCUGAGCUGUAUGAGGCUCUUGUAACUGUCCUUCUACUAGAACUGUAGCUACAGGCAGAGAGAUGGAGAGACUGCACGAAGUCGAGCAACCUUCAAUGCUUCAUAGUCGAGCUAUGGGAAGCUGAUACUAUUUUGUUAUUGUUUCUUCACAGGUUGCGCCCAAUUGCAAGCUACCGAUCUUUUACUUAACGGACUCUAUCCUCAAGAACGUGCGAGGCCAGUACAUCUCUCUCUUCGCCGCCAAGAUCGUGCCGCUCUACUGCAACUGUGUGCGUCAGGUGUCCGGCAAAGACCUCAAGCGCUUCAUUCAUGUGCUCAAUACGUGGGAGACAACGCGGUUGUUUAACAAGGACGCCAUCGCGCAGAUGCGCGGCGCUGCGAACCGAGCCAUGCAACAGGCAGAUCCAUCCGCUCGGUCGGUACCUGCAAGCAUUAACCAAGAGAAGUCGUCUCAACAAACUCGACCUGGUAGUGCUAACUCCAGCGUCAAGCUGGCCCAGCAGCAACAAGACAUGGAGCUGCGCUCGCUGCUUACCAAGUUACAGAACGAUAUGGGGAUCCACCCGACCGAGCACAUGAGUCUAGAGGAAGUGCGUACGAAUAACCCAGACUAUUACAACCAGCUGCUGGAGUUCCAUGCUGCCUCCAAGGUAGAGCACAGCUCGGCUGAUGCUGGUUCUCAGAGAACUAGACAACCGCCUCCACAGCAACAGACUUCAGUGGUUCGAGACCCUCGACACUCGUCUCCUCCCCGUGAUCCUCGGGCUCGCGUACAGUCAAAGACUGUGCCUCCGACCCAGACUCGUGCAGAACCACCUCGAACAAGCUCAGUAGUUAAUAAGAGUGGCGCAAACGACAUCUCUGCCAAAUCUUCUAAUGUUGCUCACUUGAUGCAGCUACUCAAGCGCAAGCAACGCGCUCCGUCGCCACCAAAACCUGUUCAAGAGAUCACUAAUGACCCACCACGUGCUCCAGACGCUGCUGCUGUCAUGUCGAUACUACAGAAACUGAAGGGUAUGUCCAAUGGAGGUGCAUCUAACCCACCAAUUCCUCAAGUACAGCCCCAGACACCACAGCAACCACAACAACAAGGAGACCAGACUCCUCGCAGUGAUAACGCUUCACGGAUGUGGUUCAGUGACAAGAUUGUGGCUCACAAGGACCGCGUCGAAUCGAACGUCCAGAAGCUGUACGCUGCGUUGCCACUGGUGUGUCGGGAGAGUGGGCUUCGCUUCCGUGAACAGGCUCAACUGGACGCUCAUCUGGACUUCCUCUUCCAGUAUAACCGUGCGCGUAAAGAGCGAGGCAAAGGUGGCGUGUCAAGAUCAUGGUAUCCGGACGAAGACCAGUGGGUGGCUGAUUUCUCUGGAGACACUGCGCCACGUGAGAGCACAAGCAGCAGCUUUUUUGACAGGACACAAAAGGAGAAUGAGAAGAACGCAGGAGAGCAGGCUUCGUGGGAGAAUGCUCGUGUGCCAGUGGACGAGACGAUCACACGCUGCCGGAUUUGUGGCGAGAACUUCUCAAGAAGCUGGGAUGAAGAAGAGGAGGACUGGAUGUACACUAACGCGGUCGCUGGCACGAUUCAUAACACUGGACCCAAUGGGAAUGAGCAGCAGGAUACCAUCUUCCACAAGUAUUGUUACGACACAGUGAUGGCCAACUCGAAGCACGUGACACCGGCACAUUUGAUCCCCGCAGAACGAGAUGUGGCCAUGAAGGGAACCGCAAGCUCAGAUGAUAGUAUGAACGACAGUGGCGGCGUGAAGCGGUCGUUGGAAGAGGACGACAGUGAUAGUGACGGUGAUGACGAUGUGAAACGCGUGAAGACAGACUGAGAUUUUUGAAGCUGGGAGCCUGACCUCGUGUCAUGCGGAUGUAAUGAUUAAUGAGUACUUUAGCAGUGAUCACCUGCUUCAGUUCUCGUCUCUUACCUUUUGCUUCCUCUGUUCAGCUAGGAUGGCGUUCAGAUAUCUACUCAGGACCAUUUUUCAACAAAUACGACACCUUUUGCAUUUUACAGUUCA